AUGCCUUCACAACGGAGAAAAGGCCAGAGCAAGGCCUCUGAGUCGAGUUCAGUUGCUUCUAAGUAUAUGCUCCCUUUAACAGAAAAUUUCGGCCCGGUAUUCUUCAAGAACCAAUUUCGAACCAAAAUCAAUCUUCCGACGAAAGAAAAGUAUCCAACCAUUGCAGAGAAAGGUUCAUGUGCAAUCAUCACGGGUUCCAACAUUGGAUUGGGGCUUGAGUCAUCCAAACAACUUCUGUCUCUUGGUCUAUCCCACUUGGUGAUGGCUGUACGAUCAAUCGAAAAGGGGAACACGGCUGCGAAGCAACUCCGUGCUGCAGCCGUUGCCAAUGCCAAUCCCUCCGCCAAGAUAGAUGUUUGGCAGCUUGAUAUGGAGUCCUACGAGUCCAUUCAGGCCUUUGCUCAAAAGUGCCAAGAGGACUUGACUCGGAUCGAUUUUGUCAUUCUUAAUGCCGGUUUGAGUCCAAUGACAUUCUCGACUAAUCCUUCAACUGGCCACGAGAAGACAAUACAGGUGAAUCACAUAAGCACUGUACUCUUGUCUAUUCUCCUUCUUCCAGUUCUCAAAAACAAGUCAAUGAGAAGAGAUCAGCCCGCACGACUUACCAUUGUCAAUUCGGUAACGGCUCAUUUAUGCAAGAUACCCAACAAGGAUAAACGCCCGUUUUUGUCCUCUUUUGACAACACAGCAAUAACACCCUGGGAUGCUGAAGAGAGAUACGGAGUCUCGAAAUUAAUCUGUCAGCUAUUGAUAGUCAGACUGGCGGAGCGUGUUGAUCCCGACCAAGUCAUCAUUAACAUGGUUGAUCCGGGACUCACAAAGGGUACCGGUCUAGCCCGUGAUGCCACGGGGGCUACUGGUGUUGCUGCAAAGAUGUUUUUUUCUAUUGCCGGAAGACCUGUGGAUAGAGGAGCAGCAACAUAUGUUGACGCUAUUAUGGGACAUGGCAAAGAAUCUCAUGGUUGUUUUCUGAUGAAUUGUCAGAUUGCUCCACUCUCUCGCUGGUUCUAUACUGAUGGUAAGGUUUUAACUGAUCCGAUUUGGACGGAGACACUCCAGGAACUUCGUUUUGCAAAUGUCGAGCAGAUCAUCGCUUCGAUGCGUCGCGAUUGA